AAAACCUUCUUCUACACACACAACCCCCAUCAACAUUCAAUACUUCCCACUUCUUGUUUCACAACAAAUACCCUCUUUGCCUUGUAGCACAUAGACCAAUCCCUUUCAAAACCCUCUUCCUCUCUAGAAAACAAAAACAAGAUCAAUUUCAUCAUGGCUUCUUCUUCUUCAUCUUCUUCUCUGACAAUAUCUCCAAGAAAACUGCGCUAUGAUUUGUACUCCUACUCAUACCAAGAAGAUUCCAACACCCCAUUAGUGAUAAACGUUCUCUCUUCACUGAUUGAGAGAAACAUGGCCAGAACAAAGAGAAUUGUGAAGAACUGUUCUCGUUCUCUAUCCAAAGCAAUCAGCGCAAACAUCUUCGAUUGCAGAGAGAUCCCUGACAUGACCAUCCAAUCCUAUCUCGAGAGAAUUUUCAGGUACACUCGUGCAGGACCCUCUGUGUAUGUGGUUGCCUAUGUCUACAUCGAUCGGUUUUGUCAGAACAAUCCUGGGUUUCGAAUCAAUGCCAGAAACGUUCAUAGACUUCUCAUAACAACGAUAAUGGUGGCUUCUAAGUAUGUAGAAGACAUGAAUUACAGAAAUUCAUACUUUGCAAGAGUUGGUGGUUUGGCAACAAAUGAAUUGAACGCGUUGGAGCUUGAAUUUUUGUUCAUGAUGGGUUUCAAAUUGCAUGUGAAUGUGAGUGUGUUUGAGAGCUAUUGCUGCCAUUUGGAGAGGGAAGUUAGCAUUGGAGGAGGGUAUCAUAUUGAGAGAACCCUAAGGUGUGCUGAAGAAAUCAAAACAAGGCAAAUUGAGGAAAGGGGAUACACACAAAUCGCACGUGUAAUGUUGUAGAAUGAAUGGUUAGGGAUUUUUUUUUUCUGUUUUAGGUUUCUUUUUCUGCCUGCAAAUGAAGAAAAUGUAGGUUAUCUGUACAGAUCAGUGUAAAUCUAAAUGUUUGUUGGGGGAUUGAGAUUUUAGAACAACAAGUCAGGCCAAGGGAGAGGGAUGUACAAAUUUCAACCCGUUUGGAUGCGGAUCAAAGAGCACUUACUGGAGUUUAUCUAAUGAUUUAUCUAGUAGAUAAACUCCAAUAAGUUCCAUCAAAACCUGUAUCCAAAUGGGCUCUUUGUCUUGUUUCAUUCAUCACAAGGAAACAGUGUAUUUUAUCAAGAGUUUUGGCUGAAGAUUUCUGAGAUUUAACUUC